AGCGGGAGCAGGAGCAGCAGCGGGAGCCAGAACCGGAGCCGCAGGAGCGGCGGCGUCCGUCCGUCCACGCUCCGGGGGGCUCCGGGGGGCUCCGGGGGGCUCCGGACCACCAUGCGGCUCCCGGGGGUCUCCCCUCCUCCCCCUCCUCCUCCACCGCGGCCGUUCCUGCUGCUGCUGCUCGGAGCGCUGCUCUGCGCGCACGGCCUGGACAGCAGCCCCGAGUGUGCUUGCGGCCGCAGCCACUUCACCUGUGCCGUGAGCGCGCUGGGCGAGUGCACCUGCAUCCCAGCCCAGUGGCAGUGCGACGGCGACAACGACUGCGGCGAUCACAGCGACGAGGACGGCUGCAUGUUGCCCACCUGCUCCCCUCUCGACUUCCACUGCGACAACGGGAAGUGCAUCCGCCGCUCCUGGGUGUGCGAUGGCGACAACGACUGUGAGGACGACUCGGAUGAACAGGACUGUCCACCCCGGGAGUGUGAGGAGGACGAGUUCCCCUGCCAGAACGGCUACUGCAUCCGCAGCCUGUGGCACUGCGACGGGGACAACGACUGUGGCGACAACAGUGACGAGCAGUGUGAUAUGCGCAAGUGCUCGGAGAAGGAGUUUCGCUGCAGCGACGGCAGCUGCAUCGCUGAGCAUUGGUACUGCGAUGGCGACACUGACUGCAAGGACGGUUCCGACGAAGAGAGCUGCCCCUCGGCGGUGCCCGCCCCGCCGUGCAGCCUGGAGGAGUUCCAGUGCGCGUACGGCCGCUGCAUCCUGGACAUCUACCACUGCGAUGGGGACGACGACUGCGGGGACUGGUCUGACGAGUCCGACUGCUCCUCCCACCAGCCCUGCCGGUCCGGGGAAUUCAUGUGUGAUAGCGGCUUGUGCAUCAACGCGGGCUGGCGCUGCGACGGGGACGCCGACUGCGACGAUCAGUCUGACGAACGCAACUGCACCACAUCCAUGUGCACGGCGGAGCAGUUCCGGUGUAAGUCCGGCCGGUGUGUCCAUCUUUCUUGGCGCUGCGAUGGGGAGGACGACUGCUCGGACAACAGCGACGAGGAGAACUGCGAGAAUACAGGGGUCCCCCAGUGCGCCUCCGACCAGUUCCUGUGUAGGAACGGGCGCUGCAUCGGCCAGAGGAAGCUGUGCAACGGCAUCGACGACUGCGCGGACAACAGCGAUGAGAGCCCCCAGCAGAACUGCCGGCCGCGGACGGGCGAGGAGAACUGCAACGUCGAUAACGGCGGCUGCGCCCAGAAGUGUCAGAUGGCCCGGGGGGCCGUGCAGUGCACCUGCCACACCGGCUACCGCCUCACGGAGGACGGGCGCACGUGCCAGGACGUGAACGAGUGUGCCGAAGAAGGCUACUGCAGCCAGGGCUGCACCAACAGCGACGGGGCUUUCCAGUGCUGGUGCGAGGCCGGCUACGAACUGAGGCCCGACCGGCGCAGCUGCAAGGCUCUCGGGCCGGAGCCCGUGCUGCUCUUCGCCAAUCGGAUCGACAUCAGGCAGGUGCUGCCGCACCGCUCAGAAUACACGCUGCUGCUCAACAACCUGGAGAACGCCAUCGCCCUCGACUUCCACCACCGGCGCGAGCUCGUCUUCUGGUCAGACGUCACCCUUGACCGGAUCCUGCGGGCCAACCUCAACGGCAGCAACGUGGAGGAGGUGGUGUCCACUGGGCUGGAGAGCCCAGGGGGCCUGGCCGUGGACUGGCUUCACGACAAACUCUACUGGACCGACUCGGGGACCUCCCGGAUCGAAGUGGCCAACUUAGAUGGUGCCCACCGGAAGGUCCUCCUUUGGCAGAACCUGGAAAAGCCCCGUGCCAUCGCCUUGCAUCCCAUGCAGGGUACCAUUUACUGGACAGACUGGGGCAACACCCCCCGCAUAGAGGCCUCCAGCAUGGACGGCUCCGGUCGACGCAUCAUUGCAGACACACACCUGUUCUGGCCCAACGGGCUCACCAUCGACUACGCCGGGCAUCGCAUGUACUGGGUGGAUGCCAAGCACCAUGUCAUCGAGCGGGCUGACCUGGACGGGAGCAACCGCAAGGCCGUCAUCAGCCAGGGCCUCCCGCACCCCUUUGCCAUCACGGUCUUUGAAGACAGCCUGUACUGGACGGACUGGCACACCAAAAGCAUCAACAGUGCCAAUAAGUUCACCGGCAAGAAUCAGGAGAUCAUCCGCAACAAACUCCAUUUCCCCAUGGACAUCCACACCCUGCACCCCCAGCGUCAACCAGCAGCAGGGAGAAAUCGCUGUGGGAAGAACAAUGGGGGCUGCACUCACCUGUGCCUGCCAAGUGGGCAGAACUACACCUGCGCCUGCCCCACCGGCUUCCGCAAGAUCAGCAGCCAAGCCUGCGCCCAGAGUCUUGACAAGUUCCUGCUUUUUGCCCGAAGGAUGGACAUCCGUCGGAUCAGCUUCGACACGGAGGACCUGUCCGACGACGUCAUCCCGUUGGCCGACGUGCGCAGCGCCGUGGCCCUGGACUGGGACUCCCGCGACGACUCCGUCUACUGGACUGACGUCAGCACUGACACCAUCAGCCGGGCCAAGUGGGAUGGAACAGGCCAGGAGGUGGUGGUGGACACUAGUUUGGAGAGCCCGGCAGGACUGGCUAUUGACUGGGUCACCAACAAGCUGUACUGGACGGAUGCAGGCACCGACCGGAUCGAGGUGGCCAACACAGACGGCACCAUGAGGACGGUGCUCAUCUGGGAGAAUCUGGACCGCCCUCGAGACAUCGUCGUGGAGCCAAUGGGCGGGUUCAUGUACUGGACCGACUGGGGUGCCAGCCCCAAGAUUGAGCGGGCGGGCAUGGAUGCCUCAAGCCGCCGGGUCAUCAUCUCCUCCAACCUGACCUGGCCCAACGGACUGGCUAUUGACUACGCUUCCCAGCGGCUCUACUGGGCCGACGCCGGCAUGAAGACCAUCGAGUUUGCUGGGCUGGAUGGAAGCAAGAGGAAGGUGCUGAUCGGGAGCCAGCUCCCGCACCCUUUUGGGCUGACCCUGUACGGGGAGCGGAUCUAUUGGACCGACUGGCAGACCAAGAGCAUCCAGAGUGCCGACCGGCUAACGGGGCUGGCUCGGGAGACGCUGCAGGAGAAUCUGGAGAAUCUCAUGGACAUCCACGUCUUCCACCGCCUGAGACCACCAGUGCACACAGCCUGUGCCGCGGACAACGGCGGCUGUAGCCACCUGUGUCUCCGGGCCCCUCCUCCCAAAGGCUUCAGCUGCACCUGUCCCACCGGGAUCAACCUCCUGCCGGAUGGCAAGACCUGCUCCUCUGGCAUGAGCAGCUUCCUGAUCUUCGCCAGGAGGACGGAUGUGCGCAUGGUGUCCCUGGACAUACCUUACUUUGCGGAUGUGGUGGUGCCCAUCAACGUUACCAUGAAGAACACCAUUGCCGUCGGGGUGGAUCCACAAGAAGGCAAAGUGUACUGGUCGGACAGCACCCUACGCAGGAUCAGCCGCGCCAACCUCGACGGCUCGCUCCACGAAGACAUCAUCACCACAGGGCUGCAGACCACGGAUGGGUUGGCGGUUGAUUCCAUCGGCCGGAAGGUGUACUGGACGGAUACGGGGACCAAUCGGAUUGAAGUGGGCAACCUAGAUGGGUCCAUGAGGAAGGUGUUGGUGUGGCAGAACCUGGACAGUCCUCGGGCCAUAGUCCUGUAUCACGAGACGGGCUCCAUGUACUGGACAGACUGGGGGGAGAAUGCCAAGCUGGAAAGGGCAGGGAUGGACGGCUCGGAUCGCACCGUCCUCAUCAGCAACAAUCUGGGCUGGCCCAACGGACUGACGGUGGAUAAGGCCGGCUCGCGGCUGCUCUGGGCCGAUGCCCACACCGAGCGCAUCGAGGCCGCCGACCUGAACGGGGCCAACCGGCGCACGUUGGUCUCUCCCGUGCAGCACCCUUACGGCCUCACCUUGCUCGACUCCUACAUCUACUGGACCGACUGGCAGACCCGCAGCAUCCACCGGGCUGACAAAAGCACCGGCGGUAAUGUCAUCCUGGUGCGGGCCAACCUGCCGGGACUCAUGGACAUCCAGGCCGUGGACCGGGGCCGGCAGCUCGGCACGAACAAAUGCGGCUUGAAGAACGGCGGCUGCUCCCACCUCUGCCUGCCCCGGCCCUCGGGCUUCUCCUGCGCCUGCCCCACCGGCAUUCAGCUCAAGGGAGAUGGGCACACGUGCGACCCUUCCCCCGAGACCUACCUGCUUUUCUCCAGCCGGGGCUCCAUCCGACGCAUCUCCCUGGACACGAGCGACCACACGGAUGUGCACGUGCCCGUCCCCGACCUCAAUAACGUCAUCUCUCUGGACUACGACAGCGUCGAUGGGAAGGUCUACUACACUGAUGUUUUCCUGGAUGUUAUCAGGCGGGCCGACCUGAACGGCAGCAACAUGGAGACCGUCAUCGGACAGGGGCUGAAGACCACCGAUGGACUGGCAGUGGACUGGGUGGCCAGAAACCUGUACUGGACAGACACGGGCCGCAACACCAUCGAGGCCGCCCGGUUGGACGGCUCCUGCCGGAAGGUGCUAAUCAACAACAGCCUGGAUGAGCCCCGGGCCAUCGCUGCUUUCCCCAGGAAGGGGUACCUCUUCUGGACAGACUGGGGACACAUCGCCAAGAUCGAGCGGGCCAACCUGGAUGGCUCCGACCGGAAAAUCCUUAUCAAUACAGACCUGGGUUGGCCCAAUGGCCUCACUCUGGACUACGAUACCCGCAGGAUCUACUGGGUGGACGCACACCUGGACCGGAUUGAGAGCGCAGACCUCAAUGGAAAGCUACGGCAGAUCUUGGUCAGCCAAGUGUCCCAUCCUUUUGCCCUCACACAGCAAGACAGGUGGAUCUACUGGACGGACUGGCAGACCAAAUCCAUUCAACGAGUGGACAAGUAUUCGGGUCGGAACAAGGAGACGGUGCUGGCUAACGUCGAGGGGCUCAUGGACAUCAUCGUGGUCUCCCCGCAUCGGCAGACAGGGACCAACGCCUGCGGGGUAAAUAAUGGCGGCUGCACCCACCUCUGCUUUGCCAGAGCUUCGGACUUCGUCUGCGCCUGUCCCGAUGAGCCAGAUGGGCGGCCCUGCUCCCUAGUUCCUGGACUUGUGCCCUCAGCUCCCAAGGCCACCGCCGCGAGCGACAAGAGCCCCGGGCCACCCAACGUGCCGCCCACCACGCUGCACUUGUCCACUGACAGAACCCACACUUCCCUAGAGGCAGGUGAAGGAAACUGCUCGGAGAAGAACACCCGCCAGGGCCUCUGUGCCCAUUCCAACGAGGCUGUGCCUGCUGCCUCAGGAGAAGGGCUGCACGUCAGCUACAUCAUCGGUGGCCUCCUGAGUGUCUUGCUGAUUCUGCUGGUGAUUGCUGCCCUGAUGCUGUACAGGCAUAAAAAAUCCAAAUUCAGCGACCCCGGGCUGGGGAAUCUGACCUACAGCAACCCCUCCUAUCGCACCUCCACCCAGGAGGUGAAGAUCGAAACCAUCCCUAAACCGGCCAUGUAUAACCAGCUGUGUUAUAAGAAAGAGGCUGGACCCGACCACAACUACACAAAGGAGAAGAUCAAGAUCGUGGAGGGGAUCUGUCUCCUGUCCGGGGACGAGGCCGAGUGGGAUGACCUGAAGCAGUUACGCAGCUCCCGGGGGGGGCUCCUGCGGGACCACGUGUGCAUGAAGACGGACACGGUGUCGAUCCAGGCCAGUUCCGGUUCUCUGGAUGACACGGAGACGGAGCAGCUGCUGCAAGAGGAGCAGUCCGAGUGCAGCAGUGUCCUCGCCGAGGCCACCCCGGAGAGGCGGGGCUCGCUGCCGGACACGGGCUGGAAACACGAACGCAAGCUCUCCACUGAGAGCCAGGUCUAAAUGCUCACGCUCUUCUCCCCUCCCGUCCCCACGUGGCUGUCCUCCUCCUCCUCCCCACCCUCCUCCUCCUCCCUUACAAACCUCCCGGCCUCACGCUCACUUAAACAACAACCUUCCCCGCGCUCGCCUGCCCCUCCCCACCAUAGGAAGUGUGUUCUCCAUCAGUAUCGAAGGCCACCUGGGCGUGAGAAACGGCAGCCCGGGUGUACCACCGGUGCUCGACUUCCGUGGGAGGACCGUCAAAGUCCCCUCCUACUUGGAACCGAGGGGGCGGCUCCCCUUGCGGCUCCUCGAAGCUUGGUCCGAUCUCGGCUCCUCUUCUCAUUCAGUGCAGAUAUCGGCAAGUCCUUCCCCCACACCGUUUCCCUGGCACGGCCAGGCUCUGUCCACCCCGAGAAGAGCUUGCGGCCUAGGACCCCACCUUCACCCGUCGGCGUUGGCCCAGAUCUGAUCCUUGCCCGGUUGGGGACUGGGCAAAAAGGAAACUGGUGGAAGAGGGGUGGAAGAAGGAACUGGGGCAGAGGUGUGAUGAUCCUGCUGGGGAUGGGCGGGAGAGAGGAAAAAGAGGCAGUUCCCCUGGAAAAGUCCAUUCUGGGAAACCUCCAGCCCAAACAGAUCCGCGUCCUCGGCCAACCGUGCAAGAUGCUGGUUCUAGGAAAGGGGCUGGGGCUGGGCGUCCAUUGCUGGCGAUGGAUAUUAAUACAGCUACCCGAGGAGCAGCCGGUCACCUGCCUUCAAAUUGCAGUGCAACUGUAUUUCUAGUUGCGGCCUGUCUCGUCUUCCCCUGCAGCUGAGGUCACGUCUCCAGCCCCCCGUGCUUCCGGAGAGCAUUCGCUCUUGCCGGGCUCUUGUCAUGUGGCUCCCGGCUCCAAGAACCUUUCCUGCCAGAUGUCAUUCAGGUGCAGGGUCCUUCGGCCGAAGCCAAGACCCUUGUGGAGGGCUGGGUGUGAGGACCUUGCGCUGUCGGUGUUAGGAAGCCAGCCCCAACCUGCACUUUAAUGUGUUUCUCCGUCACUUUCCACCACCUUGGGAGCGCCUGGAGGGAGGGAGAUCCAGAUUGACCUUUCAACCAUGACCCUAAGUUUCAGGGAAGGGCCGGGUGGAGUGGCUGAGAAGCCCUGGGCCUCUAGUGGAAGUCCCCGUGAAAUUAAAUUUCCCACGUUGCCCUUCAAGGGCUCAGGGAGCGAGGCUGGAUGGACUGUGAGGAACCAGAGGAAGGGCCAUUUCCUCCCCGUGGAAUGAGUUAGCUGCCAAGCUGGAAUUCCGGCUCGUGGAACGGACCCUCUCACCUCCGAGACCUUGAGCCACGGGCUGGUCCCACUGGAGAGCCGAGAGAGGUCUUCCCGAUCUCCUUCUCUGAUCCCACCCCUCCGCAUUUAUCCCCUGCUCCUCUCCGCUCUUCCGGACCCAGACAGCUCUCACAGAGGAUCUCCAAGAUCGUGCUGGGAGACCUAGAGCGGGGAAGGGAGAGGAAGAGAAGGCUGAAGGGGAGGGAAUCUUUCUCCUUCGUUCCGCUCCCUUGAACCAUCCAUCUCUGUGGGGCGAUUGGCUACCCUCACGGUCCCCUCCCAUCCCGCUGCUUCUUCCCACAAAUCCCCUGCUCCCACCCUACAUGGCACUUGGAGAUAGGCCAGUCGGCUCCAGGGAGGAAGAGGAGGCCAGGAACAGUGGCAGGCUGUGUUUCAGCCAGCGGGCAGGGCAGGAGGGGUAAGGAGGGGGAGCUGUUGGGGGAGAAAGAGCGAGCGAACAGUAUGGGAGAGGGACAGAAAAUCGCUCAUGGGUUCCUCGCGGGGAAUCCAAGGCGCACUGUUUGAGAACAUUCCCUGCCUCGGCUCUUCCCCUUCCCCUCCACCCACUCUGGAAGCUCAAACCCGAGCGGUCUUUGUCCUCUCUGAAAGCAGCGGAAGGUAGAGGGGAAGGUACGGAGGGGAAGGCUCUUAUGGGCCUGCAGCCCGAGGAAGGGAGUGCCGAAGAAGGGAGAACUUUUUGAUGGGAAACAUCUCCCAUGGUUUCUGCCUCCAUAACUCACUGUUCGGAAAACGAACUGCCAAGUCACGUGAGGGUAGGAGAGGGCAAAAAAGACAGAGCCCUUUGUUUUCUGGCCAAGACUGCCCAGGGCGCGUGCCAAGCCUCUCCACCUCCAAGCCGCCGGCUCCGGGACUGGGGCUUGGCCCGGGGCGCGACCGGUUCUCCCCGCUGCCCCUUUCCCGGUGCUUGGGUGGGGUGAGGUGUCGCUCUGUGAAAGGUGGGGAUCGGGGAGGAGGGGAAGGACGGCCUGCACCCCCCGGACUCUUCGCUCCAAACUGCUGCCGGUCCUGAGCGGAGCGGAGAAAUUCGCGGUGGGGAGAGCAGGAGGCAGAGAGGAGAGAGAGACGGCCCCGGCAGUCUCGUGGCCGGACCGAAGGACCUCAAUGCACUUGGGCUGUGCAGAAUGUAGAAAGGACAUAUUUGAUGAAUUAUCUAUUUGAGCACUGAUUUACUAUGUAAAAAGCAAAAUCUCUCUGUCUGUCCUAAGCUAACGGAAGCGAUUCUCCCGCGCUCAUGUGUAAUGGUUUUAACGUUACUCACUGGAGAGAUUGGACUUUCUGGAGUUAUUUAACCACUAUGUUCAGUAUUUUAGGAUUUGAUGAUAAUUUAAUAUAAAUUUAGCUUUUCUUAAUCA